CGAUGUUAAUAGCUUUGUUUAUUUCUUUAUAUGUAUAUGUGUAUACCUUAUAUACACGUCUCGCACCGUUGCCAACUUCGGGGAGCUCUUCCGCUCGUAGCCAGCCAGCUGCAUGCUGUGUUGUGUUGUCUUGUGUUGUGUUGUAUUGCGUCUCAGUUUAUAUGUGUAGAGUGGUAUAUGCCACCUCCAAUACCACCACCACCACUACUACUACUGCCACUGUUCUCCUUUUCUUUACUUGGUCACGCUAGACGGCGUAACAGCAAACGUCGGCCUCACGUACUUUCCAGAAUUAUAAACCUGCAUAUUCUCGCCCAGCAGCUCCUUCUCGCGCGCCUGGUCGGCGAGGUGUCUGCGCACGAGGUCGCGGUCUUCCUCGGCCUGGAGCAGGGGGAUCAAGUGGAUGCGCGACCACAUCUUUUCGCGGGCGAGCUCACUGAAAACAGACAGACGGGUUAGCCAUUACACCGUAUCGCAUCGCAUUAUUAAACAAUAUCCUCUCCUAUCCUAUCCUAUCCUAUCCUAUGCCAUGCCAUUCGGAAUUUAAUAAGGUGACGUAAACGAAACGAAACGAUACGUACUUCUGCUCUCGGAUCCCCUGUCC